AUGUGGAAACUUGUUCAAUCAGGACUUUCUGUGGUGGCAGGAACAGCCGAGCCGGAAUAUGGCCCAGAUUCAAUUCGUCCAGUUGGUUCUGAACUGAAAGAAGGAGAAAAAUGUUACAGAGACGUGACAAGAGAUGACUUGAAAUUUAGAGAUCCAGAUCAUACGAAUAUCGAAACGAUGGUUUUCUACUUUGAGGAUAAUGUCCAUUCUGGAUUUGCACAGAUUAUACAUUCCAACUUAAUGGGAAUCCAUACAAAUGCCCAGUUUACAUUUAAAGUUUUCAAGAAGGAUGAACCAGAGAAAUACGUGUGGACUUCAACGAAGUUGGAAAAUGCUAAAAUUGUUGACGGUACAGACUUUUAUGCCGAUAAUUUGUCGAUUGUCCUCGACAAGGAGAAUGGAGACACUUAUACGAUCAACUCUAGUGUGACACCUAAAUCAGAGGUGAUAAAUUUGAAGUUGGUUCAUGUUGGUGAAGGUGUUAUAUUUGGAAAAGAUGGAACAACAUACUAUGGAACAGAUCCGGAGAACCCGUGGGGUUCAAUGCGGCAUCUUUUCUGGCCACGCUGCCGGGCAACCGGAGAGAUCAUUUGCAGAAAAUAUAGGCAGCCAAAGGAGGAUGAAACUGAUGGCAAUGGAGAGUUCUUGGACUGGGACUCUACCAAUGAGAAGCUUAAGAUAAGUGAAGAGAAGUUUGAGAUCAAGAAUGGACUUGGAAUGUAUGUCAUGGCCAUGCAAGGUAUGAAGCCACACCAUGCAGCAGCAGCUUGGGACUUCUUGAACUAUCAGUCUAACUCACACUCGGUGGUGAUUAUGGAAUACACUACCCCUCCUUCGUAUAAUACCACAACUGUUAGCACGGCAAUGGUUGUCGACAAAGAUGGAAAACCUGUUCUUUGCACCUUGAAUAACAAGACAGAGCAUCUUGACACUUACAAAGAUGAGGAUUGUGGAUGGAUGGUUCCUCGUAAAAUGAAGUAUACUAUGGAAGGAGUGAAUUCUGAAGGUAAGAAGACUACUGCUGUCGUGACUGCUGAUUUGCAGAGAAUGUCUGAGAGAGUUGAUGUUAUGAGUGAGAUCCCACAGCUCGUUAAAAAUAUAGUUUCCGGAAUAGCCGGAACAAGGCCUUACAUCUAUCAAUACAGCAAUUCGAUGGAGUUGAAAGUUGACGUUGAAGGAGAUCAAAUCAUUAAUGAGAAGGGCUAUGGUUACAAUGAAACCACAUUCAUCAGUGAUAUUUAG